UCUUCUCUAGUGGACACAUGUGGCAUCAUCAGAGGCGUUUUGCUCUGGCAACACUUAAGUACUUUGGUGUUGGCAAGAAAACUCUAGAAUAUUCCAUCCUGCAAGAGUGUGGCUUUGUCUGUAGUGCUUUGCAAACCAAGCAAGGUUUGCCAUUCAACCCUCAUUACCUCUUGACCUACGCAGUGGGUAAUAUAAUAUGCAGCCUGGUUUUUGGCUACAAGUUUGAGUAUAACAACCUUCAUUUUCAUGAGCUGUUGCAAUAUUCAGAUGAAAUCUUUAAGCUGCCCGUCAAUAUCUGGGGUCGGUUCUAUAACUCCUUUCCCGCUCUGAUGUCCCUGCUGCCAGGAAAGCACCAGACUGCAUUUGCCAACCUGUCCAAGCUUAAGCUCUUUUUUAAGGAGGAAGUCAGCAAGCACAAAGAGGACAGAAACCCAUCCAAUCCUAGAGACUACAUUGACUGUUAUCUGGAUGAAAUUGAAAAGUGUAAGGACAGUGAGGCUGAAUUCACAGAAGAAAAUCUGAUACACUGUGUGUUGGAUCUGUUUGGAGCAGGAACAGAAAGUACUGCUAAAUCUCUUUGCUGGGCUGUGCUCUACAUGGCCAAGUAUCCAGAAGUGCAAGAGAGAGUCCAGUCUGAGAUUGAUCAGGUGAUUGGACGGACUCGUCAGCCAUUGAUGGAAGACAGGGCACAUCUGCCGUACACCUACGCAGUGAUCCAUGAGAUUCAGAGGUUCGCAAAUGUUCUUGCUUUUAUUCCACCAAGAGUUGCCAGCAAAGACACCACAGUAGCAGGAUGUCUCAUACCAAAGGGUGUGAUGGUGCUGCCAAUGCUGAAGCCAAUCCUGGAGGACAAGAAUGAAUAUUGCACUCCAUAUGAAUUCAAUCCUGCUCACUUUCUGGAUGAAAAUGGCAAAUUUUUGAAGAGAGAAAAUUUCAUUCCCUUUUCAAUACACUCUAAAAAUGGCUGGCAUUUUACAUUCCUGCCACCUGAGGGAGAAACCCUGAGUCUCAAAAGGACAGUUGCCAUUGCUUCUGCUCCUGAACCCUUCCAAAUUCGUGCUAUGCCUCGAUAG